AUGUCACGUAUUAUAGUCAAAGGGCUUCCUGUUUAUUUGGAUGAUGCCAAAUUGAGGGAACACUUUGUUAAGAGGUUGAUUAAUAAAAAUGGUAAUAGCAGAACCGCUGGGGAGCUGAUCACAGAUGUAAAGAUUCUUAAAGAUAGAGAUGGCCAAAGUAGGAGGUUCGCUUUUAUUGGAUAUCGUUCAGAAGAAGAUGCGUUUGAUGCGGUAAACUACUUUGAUGGGUCUUUUAUUAAUACAUCAAAGAUCGAAGUAGCGAUGGCUAAGAGUUUUGCUGAUCCAAGAGUACCCAAAUCGAUGAGGGAGCAGAGAAGAGAAGCCUUGAAGAGAUUGAGGGAGAAGGAGGAAAGAUUGUUGGAAGAUAAGCAGACUAAAAAGUUAAAGACGGUGCACGACAAGAAGAAGGGACAUUCGAUAGAUGCCGAGGUCGAGAAGGAUCAAAAAUUAAAGGAGUUUAUCGAGACGAUGAAACCUACCUCACAAGUAGCCUCGUGGGAGACUCCUGGAUUAGCAGGUCAAAAUACUGAGCAAGAAAGUGGUGCGCCAGGAAACUCUCUACUAGCUCAAGCGUUGGCAUUGAAAGAGGAUGAAGAGAAUAAAAGUGAUGAAGAAUACGUUGAUUUCAAGAAAGAUGAUCAAAAUGUGGAGGAACCUGAAGAACAAAUGGUUGGAUUAGGUGACUAUGAGGCCGAACAACAGGACUCGGUGAAUGAUGAGAAAACAGAUGAGCUGGCAAAAGAUGAAACCGUUUCAGAUCUUGAUUGGUUCAAGCAACGGCGUGUUAGGAUUAGAGAUGGUGAACAGGAACCAGUUAAACAAGAUGGCAAGAAGCCUGUUGAAGAGAACGAAGCUCAGGAAGAAGUUGUCCAAGCAGUUAUUCAGGAGGAAAACAAGACAGAUGAAGAUAAAGCGAUGGAGCAAAUUUGUCGAACUGGGAGGCUUUUUCUGCGUAAUAUCCUUUACUCCUCUACAGAACAAGAUUUUAGACAGCUUUUCAGCCCCUAUGGUGAGUUGGAAGAAGUACACAUCGCUCUCGAUACAAGAACUGGUAAAUCAAAAGGGUUUGCUUACGUUUUGUUCAAGAAUUCAAAGGAUGCGGCCGAAGCUUACAUUGCCUUGGACAAGCAAAUCUUUCAGGGUAGAUUGCUACACAUCUUACCUGCAGAUGCGAAGAAAGAUCAUCGCUUGGACGAGUUCGAUCUAAAGAACAUGCCAUUGAAGAAGCAAAAGGAAUUGAAAAGAAAGGCAACAGCAUCGAAGCAAUCAUUCGCUUGGAAUUCCCUAUACAUGAAUCAGGAUGCUGUGUUAGGUAGUGUAGCGGCCAAAUUAGGGAUGCAAAAAUCACAGCUCAUUGAUCCAGAAAACUCAAGCUCUGCGGUGAAGCAAGCCUUAGCAGAAGCACAUGUUAUUGGUGAUGUUAGGAAAUAUUUUGAAUCUAAAGGUGUUGAUUUAACAAAAUUUGGUCAACUGAAGAAUGCUGAUCAAAGAGAUAACCGUGUUAUUUUGGUGAAGAAUUUUCCUUUUGGUACUACUAUUGAAGAGCUCGGUGAUUUAUUUUUGCCAUUUGGUAAAUUGGAGAGAUUUUUGAUGCCGCCAGCCGGAACUAUAGCUAUUAUCCAAUACCGGGACGUCACAUCAGCAAGAGCAGCGUUCACUAAGCUAGCAUACAAAAGAUUUAAAGAUGGGAUUAUCUACUUGGAAAUGGGUCCUAAAGAUUGCUUUACUAGGAGUGCUGAAAGCGAUGAAACUUUGGAUUCGCAAAGCGGUGAAGAACCGAAGGACGUCAAAGAGAUCGAGCCAUCAUCUCAUGAUCUCAUGGAAGCGAAAGACCUAUCAAAGACCGAUGAGGAUACUCUAGACGAUUCAAUUGAUGGUCCUACAGUGUCGAUAUUCAUCAAGAAUCUAAAUUUCUCGACAAAUUCACAGCAAUUGACUGAAGUCUUUAGGCCAUUCACUGGAUUUGUCGUGGCCCAAGUCAAGACCAAACCAGACCCCAAGAACAAGGAUAAGACACUGUCUAUGGGGUUUGGAUUUGCGGAAUUCAGAACCAAAGAACAAGCAUUAGCUGUGAUCUCAGCCGUCGAUGGGACAGUUCUUAACGGACACAGACUACAAUUGAAAAUAUCUCAUAGAGCUGGAGCUAGCAGUAACACUAGCAAGAGCAGUAGCAAGAAGAGUGGUAAGAUUAUCGUCAAGAAUUUACCUUUCGAAGCUACUAGGAAAGAUAUCUUUGAAUUAUUCAGUUCAUUUGGUCAUCUGAAAUCUGUAAGAGUACCCAAGAAAUUCGAUAAAUCAGCCAGAGGUUUUGCUUUUGUUGAAUUUCUGUUGCCUAAAGAAGCAGAAAAUGCAAUGGAUCAACUACAAGGUGUCCAUUUACUCGGUCGUAGACUGGUUAUGCAAUAUGCUGAGCAAGAGAGUGAAGAUGCUGAGGAUGAAAUUGCCAGAAUGACGAAGAAGGUCAAAAAGCAGGCUGCGAUUAGAGAAAUUGCUGCGAUCAAGAAUCGUGGUGGAAGAAGAAAACUUGAUCUGCAAGAUGAUGGAGAUGACGGGAUGAACGGUGUAUAA